AUGGAGGAAUCAAGCAAGAAGAAGAAAAAAAAUGGGAUGGUGGGAAAUUUCCUCAGGAAAGGCAUAGAUAUUAAUAAUUUUUCGACUAGGAAAAAAUAUGCCCUGUUGAUGUUGUUCUGUGUGUACAUAAUAACCUGCGUGGGGAUAUUUUUUAACUGGAUUUCCUUGUCCGACUUUUUUUAUCACGGAAAUGUGUAUAUAGAUGAUUGCAAUAGUGUGAGGUCGGGGGGGAGAAACAACAGGGAGGGGAAGUCAUACAGUUGUAAAGAACAGGACAAGAGAGUACAAGCCUUAUACCCAAUUAUCCUGUGUUCAAAUUUUAUCAUGUCAGCCAUAUCGGGUGUAUUUUUUGAUUAUUUUGGACCCAAAAUUACAGCAUUAAUGGGGCAUACCUUUAACAUCAUUUCGUGGAUUUUAAUUGGGUUACAAAAUGAAGGCAAAAAUAACACCAUCAUUUUGGGGGCAAUAUUUUUGGGACUCUCUGGCGACUCCUCCUAUAUACCAAUUCUUAGUUUAAUUUACUUAUUCGAAGAAAACCAUACCAUGUAUACUGUCAUUUUGGGAUGCUGUGCUUCUUUAAGCUUUAGCAUGCCCAUAUUUUUGGACAUGCUUACCUCUCCAAAUGACACCCCGUCGUUUCAGUUAACUUGCUUACUAUACUGCACGUUCAUUUUGGUUCCCUUUUUCUUUGUCCUUUUGAUUUUUUUGCCCUUCAAGCAUAUCAGUGUUGGGGAGCCCGUUGCGGAAGUAGCCCAGGGGAGUCACAACCAGACAUUGCAGGAAUUGGAGGGGUACGUUAUAUCGGGCGUGAACCCUAUGGAUAACCCAGUACGUAGUCACACUGAUCGCCUAGUGGAUGACUCUGUGCAGAUACCAUAUGACCGCCCCAGCGCGACCCAGGGUAAUCAACAUAGUCUACAUCACGGAAGCAACGCAACCGAUGAAGCACUUGUCCCCCUGUACGCAGAAUACGAACAUGAGGUAGAAGGAGAAAACAACACCCUACGGGAGUUGAUGAUCGAAAGGGUCUUUACCUCAUCGUCCUUUAGUUUACCCUCCCCAAAUGACUGCGUACUGAGGAAGGUUGGUACACAUACAUCAAGCAAUUUUACCAACCGAAAAGAAGAUUCCAAUGAUGUGUUUUCACAAAAGGAAGAUUCUUCUAUCAUUAUGGAUGGAGGUUACGCGCGCAGUUUCUCCGUCCGGGGAGGCACCCGAACUGAGGGUGGGUCCAUUAGGAGGGGUAUAUCAAACCAGAAUGAAGUGAUCCAUUUGGAUGAGAAGUUUACCAAAAAUGUGGACUACAAGAGUAACGGUAAAAUUCCCCCCCUUCAGUGCAACGAAACAGUAGCGAACUUUUUCUCCAUCAGAUACAUCAGCAUCUGCUACUACUUCACCAUAUACAAUUUAUCUCUAGUUAAUUACAACGAGUGUGCGAAGUUAUUUUUUGCAGAUUAUUCAGAUGUGCAGGAGAUUCUAAAGAUAUUCGGACCGCUAUCGGUGAUCUCCUGUGCAGCAUUCGGCUUCCUCAUUCGGAAGUUCCACAUCCUUGUGAUUAUACUAUCCCUGCUCAUGAGCAGUUUGUUCAUGAAUCUUUUUGCCGUCAUGAGAAGCAAGUUGUUUGCCUACUUGAGUACCCUGUUUUACCUCAUAGUCACUGGGUGCUACACUACACAACUGUAUUGCUACAUCCAGAUUAUGUUUCCGAAGCGUCACUUCGGAAAAAUAGCAGGCACCACCAGCAUGAUCAGCGGGUUGCUAUCCCUAUUGAACAUUCCCAUUUAUAAUUAUUUCAUCGUGGAUUAUAGUAAGAGUGACCCUAAGCCGUUUGCCUACGUUGUGAUUGCUCUCUUGGUGUCCACCUCACCCUUGCUCCUCCUUACGUACAAGAGGGCCACUCAUACGGGUCCCUCAACGUGA